GAAUGGGGGAGGAAUCCCUAGACAGUAAGACCAAUCGAAAAACAGAUUAGGAUCGUUUAAUUAAUCCGUUUUUCAUGUGGCGAGCAAAUAAUAAAAAUGGACGUGGGCGUGUGGCUUAAUAAUUAUGGAAUAGGGAGCAUUAGGGAGCGGUUGAAUAGAAUCCAAGGUUCUUUUUAUGUUCCUCGGUGCGAGGAAGGGUAUUUAACCUAAAGACAGGCGACCCUUUGCGCUUUUAGCGUUUCGUGUACGAGCUAAAACGAAAUAUCGGUAUAUAAGUAAAAAGAACAUUGGAAAAAUGUCUUCGGCUACUUUUGAAGCGAAUCCUAACAGCGAAAACGAACCCUGGAUCGAAAAGCCCGCUUUUGAGGGGCUCAAAUUUCGUAUUUGGCAUAUUAUGUUUUUUUGCGUGUGUGCUUUUGGGGUUUUAGUUGUGCUGAUUUGUUGUUGCGUCAGGAUCAGGAUACCCCGAACGAAGCAAGAGAUCGAAGCUGACUACAAGCGAAAAAAAAUCACGACAAAAUUUCGAAAAAGACUGAAAUUUAUCAGUAACCAAGAAAUGGAGGCUAUAAACCUUCAAAAAGCUCUAGAAAUAAUAAUAGAAGCAGACUACAAACCUGAGGAUGAUGCUGACGUGUUUGUAAAUCCCAAUGUAACAGAAAACCAACACUUGGUGCCAUCAAGUACGACAAACUUCGGUGAUAAAGUUUCAAAAGUCAUUUCUAUGGGAAGGAUUUUGAAAAGCCAGAAUAUCAAAUACUAGGAAUAAUCUAUGUCAUUAUGAUUAGGAUUAAAUUAGGGUGUUUAUUAAACAUUAAUAGAAAUAGAAUAAUUGAAAGUACUUAUUUUUUGUA